AUGCCUUCACAUCAAAACGACACUGUUCCAGAAGACUGCGUUGCCGGCUUCUGUGGCUGGGUUAGAGAACCAGAAUAUCGUGGCACCUUUGGCAUCAUCCUGUCAUCUUUCCUCGUUCUUCUAACCUGCACUUGGACGGUCCUCCAUCUUAACCCUCCUGCACCAAAUGAGACCUCUCUCACAACAUGGCUUCGAAAAAGCCGCUGGGCCGUCCUGGCUGUUUUUGCACCAGAAUUAAUCACUCUUUUCGCGGGCUGCCAAUGGUCCUCCGCCCAAUCAACAAUUGCUUCUAUGCAGGCUCUAGGAGCCACCCAAUGGACCCUGAUUCACGGCUUCUAUGCAGACGGAGGGGCCUUCCUCCUUCACAGCCCUGACAUGCCCCCUUUCCCUAUCAAUACUCGAGCUAUACACUACCUCGUCGAGCGGAAAUAUCUGGAACUACCAACACUUACGAGGGACGAUAUCAUGGAUCGUAGCAAGACCAAUAAAUUUUCCAUGGGUAUGGCGAUCGUUCAGACAAGUUGGAUGAUCGCACAGUGCAUCACGCGGCUGGUACAAUCGCGACAUGUUAUCCCCUUGGAACUCGUCACGGUGGCCUUCGCAAUUUGUACCAUCGCGUCAUUCCUAUUUUGGAUGAACAAACCGCUUGACGUUGCAGAGCACUCGCGGCUCCGCACAUCGACAACAAUUGCCGAGAUUCUUCAGAAUGCUGGCCAUGUCGCACACCAACCUUAUGUUGAUACACCGAUGGAUUUUGUUCAAGGGUGCGGUGUACAACAAGAGUCGGGAGCCUGGGGCAGGCGAUCAUACUUCAAGACCUUCGGAGGCCUUCAAGAGCGGCCCAUCCAGCGAAUUCCAGACGACUACACUCCUCCACCAGCAACCAUUCGGCUAGCCUUUCCAUUAUGGAUGCUUUCCAUGAUACAUUGUGGAAUCCACGUUGCCGGGUGGAAUUUUCCAUUCCCGACAGCCAUGGAACUAUAUCUAUGGCGAACUGCUAGCGCUACAAUGCUUGCAAUACUGGUCGUCUGGGGGUUCUUAGAAGUCUUAGCUGUCAAACCUGGGUUUGAUUUCACCAUGAGCGUCUCGACCUCCUCAAGACCAGAACAUAAUGCGUUUCGGUACACAAUUUCACCGGGCAAAUUGGUGAUGACGCCAGUUGGCAGCACAUUCCGUAUGCUGCGCAAGAUAUACCAUACUUUACUCAGUCCUCAGCAAUCCGCCUCCUUUCAGACUUACCAGGAUCAGGAAUCAAGGGUUCUCCUCCGGAAUCUGCUUGAUAACCCGAACGACUUUCUCAAGGCCACUGAAAAAUUCGCAUUAAGUGUCAUUUUCAGUGCUGUCUACGGAAUUCGUUUGGCAUCUCUCGAGCAUCCUAUAAUCGUCGAAUUCUACGAAAUCUGGGAGACUUUACUCCGAUACUUCCUUCCGGGGACUUGUCCUUUCGACAUAUUUCCGAUUUUAUUGAGAUUGCCGACAUGGUUGCAACCGUGGCAUUGCUUAGCAGAUCGCCUCACGAAACGUGAGGCCGUUCUUCACCACAAAUUUCUCAAACACCUGAAAUCGGAGAUAUAUGGCGGUUCUGCGCCAGAGUGCUUCGGAAAUACGCUUAUUCAGCUGCAGGAUGACAAAACGGUUGACGAUGAGGAGAGUAUGAACAUCCUUGCAAUGCUGAUUGGAGCUGGCUCGGAUACCACGAGUAGUGUAUUGCAAACCUUCUUCAAAGUCAUGGCACUUCAUCCCGAAGCUGUCAGCAUGGCGCAAGCUGAAUUGGAUCGUGUCGUUGGCGCCGACCGCCUUCCCUCUUGGCAUGAUGAGAGUCAGCUUCCAUAUUUACGGGGGCUAAUUAAAGAGCUUCAUCGGUGGGCUCCGAUCGGAAGUCUUGGUGUACCUCACGCAACGACUGAAGAAAUUACCUAUCGUGAAUGGGUUAUACCCAAAGGAGCGAUACUAUUUCCAAACCUGCCGGCUUUGAGUAAGAAUCGAGGUCGCUACGCUGAACCGGAAAUCUUUCAACCUCUUCGCUUUAUGGAAGAUGAGCUACACGCUGCUGCAUCGGCGCUCGAUCAAGAUUGGAUGAAGCGAGAUCAUUUUCACUAUGGAUUCGGGCGGCGUCUCUGCCAAGGAAUCUACGUGGCAGAAUCAUCUCUAUACAUCACGAUCGCCCGCAUUCUUUGGGGAUAUGAUAUUAAGAAGCGCCCAGAAUGUCAUCUGAGUAUGCGUGACAAGACUGGCGGGCUUGUUACAAAGCCGAAACCUUUCACAGUCUCGAUCGCAGUUAGAGGCUCAGUUUUUGAGACAACGAUAAGAAGGGAAGUCGCUGAGAGUAAAAUGAGCCUGGAAUCACUUGAAGAGAUCAGACUUUGAGGCCGAGCGUGAUGUGCCACGAUUACAAUCUAGGCCGACGAAAACGCGCCCAAUGGGUGGGGGGUUUGCUCUAAGACCUCAGACGGCAAAGGCCUUUCUGGAUUUGUUUUCUUCGUCGCUCAUUCAGUGUGUAUGUGCGUCUGGAAUAGUACU